CCAUCGGACUCACCACAGAAGAAUACACAUUUAAUUAGCAAUAUGAGUGACAAAGAGAAACUUAUCACUCAAGAGUAUAGCUCAUUAUCAGCAACUAGAAACGAUAAAAAUGGAAAGUUGCCCUGGUAUUUUGCAAGUGGCUUCUUGCUCUUCUGGGGACUUCUCUUCUUUGCGAUUGUAAUACCACUUUUAUAUCGAUUGCCCACGGCCCUCACAUUGGAAGAUGCAGAUAGAAAUGUUUACAUUGCCGAACGAGCAUACAAAGAUCUUUAUGGUCUUUCCAAUCUUGGCACUAAAAUUAUUGGCAGCAAGGAAAAUGAAGUUGAUGCAGUCGAGUUUCUUCUACAGAAACUUAAUCAAAUCAAGGAAGACUCGCUAAAGGAAUAUUUCGAUAUCGAAAUUGAUUUAUCGCAAGCUUCUGGUGAAUUUCCUUACUCAGACUUACUCAACAAAUAUCAAGGUGUUCAAAAUAUUGCUGUGAAAUUCAGUUGCAAGAAUAGCACAAGUCAAACAUGGUUGUUGGUCAAUAGUCACUUUGAUUCGAAGCCGGAUACACCGUCCGCUGGCGAUGCUGGAUUUAUGAUAGUCACCAUGCUGGAAGUCUUGAGAGUGAUGUCAACGACAAGGCAAACCUUUGAGCAUCCUAUCGUCUUUCUCUUCAAUGGAGCUGAGGAAGCUUUUUUACUGGCCUCACACGGUUUUAUGACUACUCACAGAUGGGCGCCGAAUCUGAAAGUCUGUUUUAACCUUGAUGCUGCUGGUAGUGGAGGUCGUGAACUACUCUUUCAGACUGGCCCCAACCAUCCUUGGCUUGUGAAUUACUAUUAUUUAUAUGCGAAACAUCCCUUUGGAACCACUUUGGCUGAGGAAAUUUAUCAGUCUGGCAUCGUGCCGUCUGAUUCCGACUUCACAAAUUUCAAAGAAUAUAUGCCAGGUAUGGAUUUUGGACAAGUUUUUAAUGGAUACAUAUAUCACACCAAAUACGACACCAUUGAUGUGAUUCCCCGUGAAUCAUUUCAAAACACUGGAGAUAAUGCACUCAGCAUAAUUCGGGCUCUAUCCAAUGCAACCGAAUUGCGAGACACUGAAGCACACAAGACUGGAAAUGUCAUUUUCUUUGAUUUCCUGGGACUCUACUUUUUCCAUUAUUCCGCAUCGACUGGUCAAUCAUUGAACUAUGGUAUUGCUGGAACUGCCCUCGCUUUGGUAUUCAUUUCCAUGUGGCGCAUGGCAGCUGUUUCCCAAGUCUCAAUAUGCUAUGUGAUCAAGUGGUAUUUCCUGGUGCAAGUGAUGCAGAUUAUUUCCUUUGUACUUGGAUUGACACUUCCUAUAGUGGUCACAUAUGUGAUGGACUCCUACGAUCGUUCGCUUACUUACUAUAGUAAUCCUCUGCUAUUGAUAGGCUUGUAUGUGUGCCCCUCGUUAUUGGGACUCAGCUUGCCCAUCACGUUCUACUACAGCCUCCAGCAAAAUAACAAAAUCUCAGCUCCAUAUCAUCUUCAACUGGCCUUGCAUAGCCAGGCUGUCAUUCUGGCAGUUUUAACCAUUACCUUGACGUCGAUGGGCAUCCGAUCCACGUAUAUUUUUAUGAUUCCACUGCUCUUCUACGUGAUUUCGUUGAUGCUUAAUCUAAUGACCGUAAUGCAUGACCUUGGCUAUGCCUGGACAGGUCUUUUGAAAUUGAGCCAGGUUGCUCCAUUCCUCUACAGCAGCUACCUCAUGUAUCUCUUUAUUGUGGUCCUAACUCCGAUGGGAGCUCGUGGUGGCAGCGCCUCCAAUGCUGACUUGACAAUUAGUGUUUUGGCUGCUCUAGGCACAGUUCUAUCAUUUGGUUUCUUGGUGCCAUUGAUCAACACUUUCCGUCGUCCAAGUCUUGUGAUCUUUACCCUAUUUGCUAGCACAGCUCUCACUAUAUAUCUGGCCAGCAGCACACAAAUAGGAUUCCCAUAUCGUGCAAAGACAAGUGGUCUUCGUGUGGCAUUCCUACACUCUCGAAAUCGGUUUUAUGAAUACGAUGGAUCCUUAAGCAAGGAAGAGUCGGGUUACUUUUUCAGCUUCCAGGAUCGUCGCGAGGAGAAAGCUCUCGAUGGCACAGAUGUUGAUUUGACCGGCUUGGUCAGUAUUGAAACCAAGUGCUAUACGCAAAUGAUGUGCGGCAUGCCAAUGUACAAUCUACAUUUCGUUAACAAUCGUUUGCAAAGCAAAUGGUUACCUCGUUCAGAGCCAAUUGUUCUGCCAGGAACAACCAAAUUGGAAUUGCUAAGCAAAACUAUCGUGAACACAACAACAGUUCGAUUAGAGUUUAAUUUGACGGGUCCGCCUCAAACAAACUUAUACUUUCAAACCUAUGAAGAUGUUACAAUAAUUAAUUGGUCUUUCACACGCAAAUAUCUCGAGGAGUCUCCAGCUUAUCCAUUAUCUUACCAUGUUCAUUUUAAUUAUGGUAACGAUAGCUCACCCUUAAACUUCUAUUUCGAACUUUACAAAUGGAACGGCAACUUUAAUGUAGGUCUGAUUCAAGUGGGAGUAGUAGGACAUUACAUUGGGUUUGAACGUGAUGAACAUGCCGAAAAGUUCGCAUCCACAUUUCCGAAAUAUGCCAUACUUUCCGAUUGGGCGACCUCAUAUGACAGAUAUAUUUAUUAGUCUAGCGAAU